UUUUGAAUCUUUCGGUUACAUGAUAAGGAAAACCCUAUCGGAAACAGAAACCAUGACCCCAAUCGUUAAACCCUAACUACCACCAGUCAUGGCGAUUCUUCAAAUCCUUCCUUCACCGCCAUCCUUCCGCUCCACUCCCUGCUUCCGUUCCUUGCCCACAAUUCUCAUACCCCGAGCAUCCAUUAAUGGCGACCACACGGUCUCCACCCCGCCACAACCCGCUCGCCGUGGCCGGAAAAAAUCCACCUCUACAACGACAACUACCCCCACUAAAAGCUCCAGUCGCACGAAGAAAUCAGAAACAGAAGUAAACAAAAUUGAAAAAGCAGAAGAUCUACAGGAUUUUGAUGAUGGGAUUGAUUUCCCUUACGAGGACCCUCCUCUGAUAUGCUGCUUCGGAGCUGCACAGAAGCAAUUUGUUCCAACAGUUAGGGUAUCGGAUCAGCAAAUGCACCCGGACAUGUACUCCGAGUGGAAAAUGCUGCAGUGGGACCCGCCGGAGUUUGCAAGAGCGCCUGGCGGACCUCCUUCUAAUGUGGCUAUAGCUCACGUAAGACUUGGGGGCAGGGCAGCGUUCAUUGGGAAGGUAGGGGAUGAUGAUUUAGGUCAGCAGCUUGUUUUGAUGAUGAAUAAGGAAAAAGUGCAGACUAGAGGUGUAAAAAUCGACCCAAAAGAGAAAACUGGUUGUGCUUAUAUGAAGAUUACGUUUGAUGGGAAGGGCAAAAUGAAAGCUGAGAAGGUUAAAGAUGCAGCUGAGGACUCUUUCAUGAGUUCUGAAUUGAACCUUUCAGUGCUCAAAGAGGCGAGAAUGUUCCACUUCAAUUCCGAAGUCCUUUUAUCCGAGUCAAUGAAAUCCGCCUUAUUCAAAGCAAUCUCAUGGUCAAAAAAAUUCGGAAGCCUAAUAUUCUUCGACAUGAAUCUCCCAUUACCACUAUGGAAAUCCCGGCACGAAACCCGGAAAGUAAUCAAGGAUUCCUGGGAACAAGCUGACAUCAUCGAAGUCAGCAAACAAGAACUUGAAUUCCUACUAGACGAACACUACCACGAACAAAGAAGAAACUACCAACCUCAAUACUACGCAGAAUCCCACCAAGAAACAAAAGAUAACACGAAAGAUUUUUACCACUACACAAAAGACGAAAUCGCCCCUCUAUGGCACGAUAAAUUAAAGUUCUUGUUUGUGACGGAUGGAACGCUUCGGCUACAUUAUUACGCCCCGGAUUUUGAUGGGGUUGUGGUGGGGACGGAGGACGUGUUGAUUACACCGUUUACUUGUGAUAGAACGGGGUCCGGGGAUGCGGUUGUUGCGGGUAUUUUGAGAAAAUUGACGAGUUUUCCGGAGAUGUAUUGGAAUCAAGAUGUGUUGGAAAGGCAACUCCGGUUUGCGAUUGCGGCCGGAAUCAUAUCGCAGUGGACAAUUGGAGAUGUGAGAGGUUUUCCAACGGAAAGUGCUACUCAAAAUUUGAAAGAACAGGUUUAUGUGCCUUCAAUGUGGUAGUAAGAUAAGACUUUUGUGGAUUCUGAUAAUGAUGAUUGAUGAGUGUGUUAGUUUAGGUUUUGUAUGAUAAUUUGUUGUUGUAAUUGAUUCCAACAUUGAAAUGGGAAUGGAAAAUGAGGUAAACUUAUAAUUCCUCAACAUUUUUGCAGUA